AUUGUCAUUAGUCAGAUAUAUUUUUGUAGACGUUAGGUAUGCUGUUAACUUUUCAUGUGAAAUUUAAGACCUUCUGUAACACAUAUUACUAAUUAUUGUUAUUUUUAAAUAUCUUUGUAAUUCCUUGAUUCCGAUUAUAGCAUUUGGUAUUUUACAAAUUAUAGAAAUUAGUGGAUUCAAUGGCCAAACAGCGUGUUAGAAGUCGGGACCAGAAAUAUAGGUCUCCAAAAUCGCAUAGGCCAAAUCCGAAAAACGGCGUUAAAAAGAGAACUAUUAAAAAGAGCAAUUUUCCAACAAAACCAAGAAAGAGUGAAGGCCGAAGAGUACAGGAUGCUCGUCAAACGCUUCUUGGAAAGAAACGAAAACCAGUCGUCGAUGCUAGAGACAUAAUAAAGACGAAAUCAAAAGUUCAAGAUGCUCGCACAAAGAUUAAUAGGAUACGUGAUGAUAGAAGCACUGCACCUUCAAGCAGCGGAAGCGUUAAAGUAAUUGGUCAUAGCAUUUUAAAGAAAACAGAUCGUAAUGGAAGAAUCAGCUUAACGACUAAUAAAUCUAAGCCAAGGAAUGAUUUGAAUGUAGCAAUACAAAAGCAGCUUGGACUGAUACCACCCAACAGGUCCCCAACUAAGAGGCCAGCUCCAAAGAGGAAUGCUGCAGUGAAUACAAGUAGAGCAAGUAGAUCCCCACCUAGGGUACACAAGUCUAUUAUGAGAGAACCUGACUACGAGCCAAGGGAACCAGUAAGGUUAUAUGAUCCAACUCUGUACAAAUGGACAAAACCAGAAUUGAGAAAUACAGCUUCACAGAUGAUAAAUUCUCUAGAAGUGACAAGACAAGCAAUGAGGGAAGCUUUACGAGAAGAACUAAUUUAUGGGUGGCCAACAUAUGCAUCUCAUAAUGCUUAUCAAAAGCUGACUGGAAUAUAUGAAAAAGGACCCCUCCGCUCUUACAACGCAACUUUAAGAACUUCUCGUCUUCAGCCAAGUACAUACAUAGAUUUAGAUGCCGUAGACGAUGAAGAAAUGCCCAUGGCUCCUCCUCCCAGGGCUAAUACCGUAUCCUUGCAAGGAACUUCCCGUGUUACAAACGUACAUUCACGACUGGACGAAGCAGUUCCUAGCGAAUCGCACGGCAUUUUCUCGGCGAACAAAACGAAAGUUGUUGUGCCCGCUGGACAUAGGAUCGUAGUCUCAAAUUUACAACAGACAGUCACUCAGGACGACAUAAAGGAACUGUUUGAAGACAUCGGCCAACUGCUAACAGCCAAACUAGUACGUCCCGGAGUAGCGGAAGUCGUGUACAAGAACUUGAAGGAUGCUCAAAAGGCCGUCGAUACAUACCACAAUCGACAACUAGACGGACAACCCAUGAAAUGCCUGUUGGUGAACAAGAGACCACUCAAUUACCCCACAGCUGCUCCCAUCUCAAAACCUGAAUCGUUUUUGAAAGAUCGUAUCGGCCUACUAUGAAAACAAAAAUCCAUAAAACGAACAAAUGAUGUAAGUUUGCUGACGUUGUUGUUUUAUUUUUUAUUUUCAGGAUGACGGCAUCAAGAAAAAUAUCCGAAGUAGCGCCGUGCCCGCCUGAAAAUAAGUUAGUGCCCGAUAUUACUACAAUACAUAAAGUACUUUUUCAUCGGAAAUAGUAUAUAGUGUUAGAAAAUAUAUGUUUCUCUUCAUUAUCUUAAA